AAAACGGUUUCCAACAAUAAUUGAGAAAUCUUGGAAUUAUACAAUUUGAAUGUAUUUUCAAUUAAAGUAAAUAAAUAAAUAAAUAUUUAAAAUAAAAUGAGUACCUCACAAUAAAUAGACAUUAUAUUAAUAUACCUAGACGUAGGUAAUUAGGUAGGUAUAUCCUUUUUGGAACAAAUAAUAAAAAAGCACAAAGAACAGACGCGGAGCCCCACUUUAUGAUUUCACAAACCAGGGUGGCUGGGGGAUCAAAUGGGGUGUAAAACUGUUGAGUGGGGUCUGAUCUGUCUUUAAAAUUAAUCUCAAAGCUUGGUGUAUAAACAAAAUUGUCUUUGAUUUUUGUAAUUUUCUUUGACGAGUUCAAUUUAUUAUUUUACCGGUCUACUAAGGGGGUCAUAGCAAUUCAAGUGGGGUCUGUUCUUUAAAAUCAGCCUCAUAAUUCGGUAAAACAAAAUGGUCCUGAAUUUUUUAAGACAAAUAUAGGUACCUAUAUUACCUAUUGUCUUUAAAAAAAUCCGAGUUUGUUUUUAUUUUAUUAGGUUGAUAAAUAAUAAAAACACUACAAAAUAAUCAUAAACUAGUCCGCAUUCCUAGACAUUGAAUUAAAAUGAAACGUAGCACUUUAACAACGCAUUUCUUGCUUGGUAAUCGUGUGUAAAUUAUUAUAUUACUGUCAAUUAAGCAAUCAAUCCGGCUUUUUUAAACAAUUAAUCUUUGUUUAUCGAGCUGAGAUUACGCCGGCGACGAGACAUUAUAAAACGGUUGGUAUUAUCUUUGUUUUUAGUUUUGUUCGAUAAUUAUUUUGUAAUCGCAUGAGAAAUGAGCGCCAACAUUUUAAAGAUUUUUACGCUAGAUGGUCAAAAUGGAAAACAAAAACAGGUGCCUGAAACUAGUAUGGACGAACCUCUCCAAGGCUCACCGGAACGUCUCCCUCAAUCUCAGUCAAAAACGUUAUGCCAAUAUACUCUAAAAUGCCUCAGCUACAUUACUGUGGAACCAUCUUUGGUAUUCUACAUGUUGGCCUUCAUGAUUACAACUGUAGCAGAACAAUCCUUUUUUGUCUUCAAAGCUUGCACAGUUAACCACGGUUACAAUGACACAAUCUGUAGAAAUUUAAAUGAUAAAAAGUUUGAGAAUAUCACCAAGGAAGUACAGAUUACGGUAUCAAAUUUCCAUUUGUGGAACGACAUAGCAGGUCAUGCAGGUCAAAUAAUCCUGGCUUUUUUCAUGGGUGCAUGGUCAGAUAAACGCGGCAGAAAGCUACCACUUAUCCUAGGCCUUAUAGGCAAACUUUACUACUCCACAAUGAUUAUAGUGAACUCCCUAAUGCCUACUUGGCCAGUUGAGUAUAUCGUUUAUACUGCUACUUUGCCUAUGACUAUAACAGGAGCAGAUGUGGCAAUAUUUGCUGCAGCUUUCACUUACCUAGUGGACGUGAGUAGUAGAGAGAACAGGACAUUAAGGGUUACACUUCUGGAGGUUUGUUAUUUGGCCACCAUGCCUAUAGGAGUUGCUUUAGGCUCCUUGAUUUAUCAGAAGGUCCAUCAGUCUUAUACAACGAUGUUUAUCAUUAACGCCAGCCUAUUAGUGGCAGCUAUUUUGUAUUCAAUGUUGCGCCUACAAUGGCGCACAUCUGCCAGUCAAAAACCGUUAUCCGAAGCAGGAAAUUUGUUUUUAGACUUUUUUGACUAUAGCCAUGUUUCGGAUACGGCUAAAACUUUAUGUAAAAGACGUCCCAACAAAGAUCGCCUAGUCUUGCUCAUGCUCAUUCUCAUGAUGGCUUUAUACACAUUCCAAAGGGACGAACGCAACAUGACUUAUCUCUACUGCCAGCUAGUUUUUAAUUGGUCCGAUGCUCAAUACAGUAAUUUUCGUACUUUCCAAAGCGCCCUGCAGGACGUAGGGCUCCUUGUUGCUAUACCGCUUUUGAGCAAGGUACUCAAAUUGAGCGACUGUGCGAUUAUUAUGGCAGGAGCUUUGGCGCAUAGUGCUGCUAGGAUUUUCUAUUCAACCGCCAUCGAGGCUUGGGUGUUUUAUUUUGGUGGGGUUUUUGCGGCCUUUGGACCUAUAGUGGCUCCUGUGAUACGUUCCAUGCUGUCUAAAAUUGUCGCUACAUCGGAAAAAGGGAAAGCUUUUUCAGUUUUAGGCGUUGCCGAUAAUGCUGUGCCCCUAAUUUCAGGCGUGCUGUACAGUAAAUUAUAUAAUUCGACAAUUCACAAUCAACCAGGGGCUAUUUUUUAUUUGACCAUUGCCUCGCAGAUGGGAGUGUUUAUAUUAGUUUUGUACGUUAAAUUUAUUUACAAGGACAGAAAACGCGAAGUAGGACAAGGGGAUUUUGAGGAAAGCACUUGAGUUUUUUAAUUUUUUGUAUUUAUCUAAUACUUAGGUACUUAGUAGCAGGAUCUCUCAAAAACUUAGUAAAUAGUAACUCGGUUGCUCAAUGAACAUAAAAAUGUUUGUAAGGAACAAAAAAAGACAAAACGUCAAGGAAUAUUUUUAUAUUAAAAAAAAUAUAUCAAAAUAAAUAUAUUUUAUCUAUAAAAAUGUAAUUAUUAUAAAAAGCGCAGACCCGCUCUGGUCAAAGAAGC